CACGUGUGCAGGUUUCGCGGUAAAAAAGAUUUGGCGCGUAAACCCCUGAGCUUGCCGGGUCAGCUGGUGCAGAACAACAACAACAAAUACAAAUCUGUGGAAGGGGCAAGGUGAUCGGCUCAAAAACACAGAGGGCAGAUGCGAAAGAAACCUUUAUUUUCCCUGGACAUGCUCUCGCCCAGGAUAGCUCAGCCGGGGUUCUGUUUUGGCUUUUCCUCUUUACAAUCUCCACUUGCUUCCUGGAUUCAAUGACUGACAAUGACAAAGUGAAGCAGCCGAUAACGACCGGGCGGAUCAGUGUUGCGGUGUAAAGUCUAUUUGAAUGUCCAGAUCCUUUUUUUUUAUCCACAUAUACUAUAACAUAAAUAUUAACCAUUUAUGCAAAAUAUAUGGUACUGUAUGGUUGCAGGAAUACUUUUCACAUAACUUUUUGGAGACAGGAAAGAAAACAAAAACAAAUGACUGAGAUAUAUUAACAAAGAAGCACCCUACAUCUAGGCGAAAAACAAGCUUUUGUGCACGCUGAGCAAAAAUAUGUUAACUAUAUAUUUUAUAUAAUUUACCAGCAGUCUAAAUUUGGAGCCAUAGUGAACCAGCACUAAAAGCCAGAGGAGCUAACCUCAAAAAUAUGAUUAUAGAGCAACACAAAAAUGACUGAGCCAGUCGGACUGGUUUGAUCCCUUCAUGCAUGUGCAUUAACCUGUUCGGAACCGCCUAAUCAAAAAGUGAAUUGUGCAUCGGAAUUUUAUUUUCUGUUUAUACAAAUCGUAAUUAAUAACGCAAAGUUCAAUUUAGGCAAAUGUAAACUGGUUUAGCGGAUUGAAUGACACGUUUGUAACAAUACAUCGUUUGAGCGCUGGGAAUAAUAAACGCACGAAUGAUUGUUAGUGAUACUAUUAAUAUUCGAAUCCCAGAAUGACCUGGAUUCCACAGACUGGGAAAGUGAAACUCGGUUACAUCUUGCACUGCAGACAGCGCCGUUCUUGAAAUUAUUGGCCCUGCAAGAAAUAUUGUCUUUUUCAGUCGGAAGGCAUUUGUAGUUAGCUGAUUUGCCAUUUGCUUUUGUAUUUGCAGUGUAACGACAGUGACAAUUUGUUAAGAUGUUUUAAAAGCAGUUUUUCCUUUUAUUUGUUUUUACAUUAUGCAAUCAGAUGUUCUGUGAUGCAAGUUAAAUGUAUCUCUUAACCACAUCUUGGUCAGCUUUCAUUUGUUUUAUACGUUGUAACGCAUCACAGGAAGGAGGUGUUUCCUAAUUCAUACUUUUAAAAUAAGCUUUUAUUUUUUUGAAACCCCAAAGUUUUGUAGCCUGUACAGAUGCAGAGAUGCUGAACUGCUACUGCAUCCCACAAACCGACUUUUAACGAUCAACACAAAACAACGGAGAUAGCUUUGCCUUAUUAAAAAAGAAACGCCGACGUGCCAUGUCACAGCAGCUUGUAUCAGGACAGACCUCGGAGGAUCUUUUGGCUGAUUAUGAAUCCAUUUUAGAAGCUGGGGGUAUAGAGUUAGACCAGCAGCAGAUCGUGAUCAUUUCGACAUCCGGAAAUGUGGAUUUGCACCCCGCAACCUCCGGUAUGGCCGGUGAAAUAUUGCUGUUCGCCACUCCACAGGGCCCAAGACCUGGGGAUGGAGGAAGGAGACCCACCUUGGGGAGGCCGCCGGUAAAAAGGAAGCUGGACCUGGAGACUGACCACCAGUACGUGGCAGAAACCAAGCAGACUCCCCGAGGCAGGUGCCGGGUAGGAGAGGCAGGAUUAAAGUCCCCCAGUGAGAAAUCCCGCUACGACACCUCCCUGAACCUGACCACCAAGCGCUUCCUGGAGCUGCUGGCCCAGUCCCCCGACGGCGUGGUCGACCUUAACCUGGCUUCGCAGGUGCUGGAGGUGCAGAAGAGGCGAAUCUAUGACAUCACCAACGUGCUGGAGGGAAUCCAGCUCAUCACCAAGAAAUCCAAGAACAACAUUCAGUGGCUGGGCAGCCGUCUGGAUGGGAUGUCUGGCGCCCGGCACCAGGCGCUGGUGAAGGAGGUGAGUGAUCUGGGAGAGACAGAGCAGAGACUGGACGAGCUCAUCACAAAGUGUAACCUGCAGCUGAAACUGUUGACGGAGGACCCGCAAAACAAAAAGUUGGCGUAUGUGAUGUGCCAGGACCUGAGGAACACAGUCGACCCCCCGGACCAGCUGCUGAUGGUGGUGAAGGCCCCUCCUGGAACACAGAUGCAGGUCUUGGACCCCAGUGAGGGGAUGCAGAUUUCUCUGAAAAGCCCCCAAGGCCCCAUCGAUGUGUUCCUGUGCCCAGAGGAUGGGGUAGGAGUUGGCAGUCCUGUCACUGGCAACAGCCCUUCCAAAGCAGCCAAUCAGGAUCUACUACUGCAUGCCGUAACCACCACAGAAUCCCCGCCCUGCAGCUCCUCCCAGGAAGUGUCAUUGGCUCCCCUGUUAAUUACGAGUGGACGAGAGCCUCUGCUGACAGACACUAUAUCUCCACUGAGGGGGCUACCUGACUUUGGUAAUCUUUCACCUCUGAUGUCUUCCAGUUACCAGCUGGAUAGGAACUCUGAGGAUUUCUCCCUCCCAUUGGAUUCCUUUAUCAACCUUUCCCCGCCCCAAAAUCAUGACUACCAUUUUGGACUGGGGGAGGGAGAGGGUGUGAGUGAACUGUUUGACUGUGACUUUGGAGACUUGACCCCUUUGGAUUUUUGAAAGAUGUAUAGAAUGGAGAGGGGGGGUGGGGGUAAUGUAAUGAGUCUGAUCACAGUAAUGAGGCUUCUUUUGCUCUCAUUUGUUUCUUGCUUAUCACUUCAAAGCCAUGGCGGUCCCCAGCUCACUUCGACUUGGUACGCCAUUUGUCUGAUUGGAUGCCAAGUAAAUACAGAUGUCUAGCCCCUUGUUGGGUAACUAGAAAAUGGGCCAAUCACAAACUCUGAAGUUGUAAUGAUUAUUGCCUUUUUCACAAAGUGGUGGUGCCUUCCACCCGAGUGAUCUAUCCAUGGCACUCAAAAACUCUUGCUGAAAAUUUCUGAGGCUGGUUUCCAACACUACCAAAGUAGUCCGGUGGUUUUAUCUGCAAGUUCUUUGCAAAACCAAUUUCCAUUCUUCUAAUAAGACUUUGGAACCACUAUUGUGCUUGAUUGACAAGCAAUCAGUUCAGAUACACCUGAACCAAUUUUAGCUGCUUAAAGAUAACUUUGAUUCAAAUGUCAUUUUAAUGUAUCUUUUUUUUUUUUUUAUUUAUUUAUUUUAAAGACUCCCUUUCUAUUUGAUGGUGUUUGAAGUCUUGCUAACUUGAUACUGGUUUCAGUUGCUCCAAUGUUGAGUAAUUAUCAUUUUCCUUGCUUGAGCUUGUCUGGAGAAUCCUAACUGGUGUGACUCAGCAGCCUUCCCCAUUCCAUUUAAAUCACGUGACAAUGCGACCUUUCCACUCUGCCAGCCAUGCCCACUCCCUAUAUCCACAUGUAGAGCAGGGGUGGCUGGCAGAGUCAAAAUGUUACAUGAUUUGAAUAGAAUGAGGAAGGCUGGCAUUUAGGAUUCUCCAGGCCUGGUAAAAGCAGAUUGAGAGAAAAAACAGAACUUAAUAAUGGAGCAACAGAACCUAGAAGCAGUCAGAAUUAUUGCAAACCCUGCUAACAAUGACGUCUCAAGCUGCAUGCUCUUUACUGUCUCACCAAGACAAUCUAGUGUGUUUGGAUGUCACUAAAGGAGCUGUGUGUUUUGACAGUACUGUAUGUUUGGAAGGCAAAUAACGUCUCUCAACUACAGUCCAAGCUCAUUCCAAAAAGACACAAUGUACAGUCUCAUAGUAAUGGUAAGUUAAAUCCUGUUGCACCUUUUUAGAGUGCUGAAGAUCAUGAAGUCUGUCUUAAUUAUCUAAAACAGAGCCACCUUUAAAACUUUGAAUGCCGCUCUGUCUCAGACUUCCAGCAUGUUUCUAACAGCUCGGACCCCUGUGAGAGGGAACUGCAGCAGGAUUAGUAGUUAUAGGGCUGUAGCAUUCAGAUCACUAAAUGGAUCCUGAAUGCAAAGCUAUAAACUGAAACUGGAAAACAUAUUAAGUGGUCACUUAAACGGCCCUUGUUUCUAAGAAGAAAGAAAGACCUGGGAAUAGCUUUUACAUAUUUUUUAUUUUGUAAUAGUUUAGUUUCUUGCCAAGAUUUGACUUUUUAGUUUCUAAUUGGCAAUUAAUUUAAAUCUUAUGUCUCCACAGAAAGGUUUUUUAUAAGGCACUUUUUUGUACUAUGUGGUGUGAAUUUGUUGUUGUAUACUGUUUUAAUUAUUUAAUCUUGGGCAUAUUGAUCAGAUAGAGUUGCUUUAUUUUCAUGUACAGUGUUUGAAAUGUUUUUUUUUUUUUGAUAGCUGAGUUUAUACAUUGUAAUUUUUUUUUGUUUGCUUAUUGAAUUAAUAACUUAAGGCUGUUGUGUCCUUAAAAAUACAGCAAUGUUUAGUUUCCUAUGGAGUUUUUCUUUAUGUUGUUUGACAGCCAUGGGAUGAAGCUCCCAUCUAAGUAAGGCACGGUUUAUCAGUUUAUUGCUUUUGUAAAACUGAGUGGUAAGAUUCAUGUUAUGCAUUUGUGGAAGUCAGAUUUUGACAAUCCCAAAAAAAAAAACAAAAAAAAAAAAAUUGAAAGUUAAAU